AGCCAAAAAGCCACGAGCACUUGCCGCCUCCCACCAGCAAAUUCGCAAUCCGCCGCUUCCCACCUCGCGUUCGCCGCUCCAUUUGAUCGAUUACUGAUGGCGCCCAAGGCCGAGAAGAAGCCCGCGGAGAAGAAGCCGGCGGAGGAGAAGGCCGAGAAGAAGCCCAGGGCGGAGAAACGCGUCCCCGGCAAGGAGGGCGGCGAGAAGAAGGGGAAGAAGAAGGCCAAGAAGAGCGUCGAGACGUACAAGAUCUACAUCUUCAAGGUGCUCAAGCAGGUGCACCCGGACAUUGGUAUCUCCUCCAAGGCCAUGUCCAUCAUGAACUCCUUCAUCAACGACAUCUUCGAGAAGCUCGCCGCCGAGGCCGCCAAGCUCGCCCGCUACAACAAGAAGCCCACCAUCACCUCCCGGGAGAUCCAGACGUCGGUGCGCCUCGUCCUUCCCGGCGAGCUCGCCAAGCACGCCGUCUCCGAGGGCACCAAGGCUGUUACCAAGUUUACUUCCUCUUAGGCUGCCGCUGCAUGGUGCUACGGUCUUGUUUCGUUUCCUCGUGUGUUUAGGCCAGUGCUGGGUCGCUCGUGAAACAGUGUAGAAUUUGUUGUAUCUGCUGAAUGACGACUCGGUUACCUUUGUCGAAGUUUCUAAUAUAUUGCAAUUGCUAAUACAAUUUGCUUCAAAUCUUGAUGAA